AUGUACAGCCAGCAUGAUGAGCGAAGCAGUACGGCUCGAACAUCGGCAACAGCAGCUUCCACGGCACCGCGCCACUACCAGCACCAUGGUUACGAUGGUAGUGUACGCGGCCAUCAUCACCAGCAUGCCCGGCAUCUGGACGGUUACGGUGGUUCCAUCUCCACACCAUCGUCAUCGCUGGAAAAUCAAAGAUCGCUCGAGCACAGUACAGCCAGCACGGCCACUGCCACGACCACGAGUUUGUUCGGCGAUCCGGUGCUACCGGCGACCCGCCACACCGAUCUGCUCGGUGGUGAGGAUCUGUACCAGAAUCUGAAGCACAAUAUCGAACAGUACCACGCCAAGUUGUACAGCGAGCAGGAAAAGCAACGGCAAGCGGAGCGGGAUGCUCUGUUCGAUCGCUACACAAGUCGGCCGCUUGAAGGUGGUGGUGGUGGCUUUCAUCGUGCAGCGUCUGCGGUUGGUCAUGCCGGAGAACCGACCCCGAUGGGCGAUGGGGUUGGUAGCGCUUCGGUUUACGGGGCGUUACCGGCGCGGAGCCGUAGCUUUGCCAGGACGCAGUCCGCCGGGCUUGCCGCUGAUAUCAAUGGAAACAGGACGAACCUGCUGGAUCUGGAUCUGCUGAAGAAGAACGAUUGGAUCGAUUUCACUGAGCAUGAGUACCAGCACAGCCUGAUUCCGACCAACAGCCGCACGGUGGCCGACGUGCAACAGUUGGCCAGUGGCAUCAUGAGCCGUCGCAUCGAGAAUGGUGUCUUCCAGAAUCCGCGCGCUGCGGCCGCCGCCCGUACCCUGCGCCGUAGCUCCACCACCGAUUCCAGUCUCUACGGCAUGGCAGGAGGUAUCGGGGUCGGUGGGACUGGUACGUUCGAUGAAAGAGCCACGUUUACCGUGCUAGGGCAUGGCGUAGGGUACGAUGAGGGACACGCAGUGUCCACGUCGAAUAGCGAAACGAACAGUGAAUACGAGCGGAUGUUACGGUACGGCCGGACCGACCCCUCGACUGCCAUCAUUAGAGAUAAGAUCAACACGGGCUCCAACUAUAGAGUAUCGGAUGCACGCCAGCACAAGAACACUGCGUUCACCAUCAUCAACGAGGUGCUUCCGAAAUCGAGCUCGUUCGAUAUGGCGGCCGGGAACCGUUACUCCCCCUAUCGAGACAAACAUCAGGCCGCCUCUUCUCGCAUCCUGUCUGCCAGCUCCGCUACGGGUGGUAUCAUGCCCGUGCAUCCCGGUUUCUACGGUUACGCUUACGUCGGUGGUAGUGGUGAGUCCGGACAGGAGGAUGGUGGUGGUUCCUCGAUUGUCAGUGCACCGCUUGGUGUCGGCCGGCGACGGUUAAGCCAUUCCGAUCUCUCCCUCACCUCGGCCGCCGGUCACGGGCCAAAGAAAUCGAAAACAUCGCUCUCGAUCCCCUCGAAGCAUCCGGGCCGCCGGCAGCGCGGUGUACUCGAGGUACUCCACAAGAAGUCUACGGGCGGCCAGCCAGGACCCCACAGUGCCAAAGUGACAAUCACGCAACCGUCGGAAGAUGGCCGCGGUUCGGCGACACCCACACCGAGCGAAACACUCUCCACCGGUACGACGACCGACACCGAGCAACGAAUGGUGCUGAUACCGGAGCAUCAGCUACGCAACCUGAAGCUGUUUGGCUACAAACCAUUCUCGAGCCGGCAUCCACCACUAUCACCGGUACCGGACAAAGGUUCGAUGGAGAGCUCGCAGGCCGAUUUGAAGGCCGACGGAAGCACCAGCAGUGCCGGUGGUGGGAAGAAGGACGACAAAAGCACUCUCCGGGCACCGGUUUUUAACAUACGUGGGUUACUGUUAUCACCGAGGCGCGCCAGCAAGAGCAAGGAGGCCAGUGCCACCUCACCGGUACCGGGGGACAAGCAACAGGGGGCUGGUGAGACCGUCAAGGAGGAGCCUGCGGCUGCAGCUGCCCCAGCACCCGGUUCACCACCGAAGAAGCGUCGCUUUAACCUUGCUCGCGCCAUCAUCGACAGUGCCCGGCGUGACUCCGAAGGAAACGGCGUUAAGGAAAAGAAGAAAGGCGCGAAGGGCGCAACCAAGGGCUCGAAAGGGGCGGCCGGGGGUAAGAAGGAUGCAAAGAAGAAAACAACCCCACUGGCCACACGCCGAGGUCCGAAAAGUGGCCAACGGCACGCCGAUGAUCGGUACGAUGAGGACGAUUAUUACGAUCCGUACGAGGAUCACGAUCGGGGGAAAAAGGGCAAACGAAAAACCGGAACCGGAAGCGGUGGCAUGCUCAAGAGUGCCCUCAGCUAUGCGGCCAGUUUCCGGUCGAAGAGCAAAGGGCCGGAACCGCGCCCCGGAACGGCGCGUGGCAGAAAGCAGACCGCCGCUGACUCGUCUCGCGUUGGUCCUUCCAAGGCUGGUGGUGGUGGUGGUGGUGGUGGAACGCCCGGUAGUCGGAGACGUGGUGACACGAAGAGUGCCAGCCGGGAACGAGCAGAUGAGGGUUCGCGAAUGGGAUUGCGGGGAAAGAGUGGCAGUAAGCAGCAGCAAUCGCAACAACAACAGAAGGGAGCUGGUGAUCGCGUAAAGAGCGGCAAGGGGAAAGCCUCGACGACGACGAUGUCGUCAUCGAUGAGCCGUGCCAAGUCUGCGGUUGGUGGUCGCGGACGGACAAUGCGACGGAGCAGCUCCGCCAUUGCGAUCGAUCCGGGACAGCAGCGCAAAAUGAACAAACUGUACGAGAAGAACCAGAAAGCGUCCGGGAUGAUGGCGUCUGGGAUGUCCGGAACCGGUGGUCCCUCCGGUGGGCGUGCGACCAAGAACACGAGUGCACUGGUCAGCGAGCGGAAAGCGGCCGCAGCCGGUGGUGGUGGUCUAAGCAAAGGUGACAGCCGUGGUGAGCUACGCGGAAAAUCCGCUUCCGGGAAGGGAAAAACCGGUGCUGACGGCAGUAGCGGUGGCCCUGGGACGCCCGCAUUCGAGAAGCGCGACUCGGACCGAUCGUUGAAGAAGAGUGACAGCAACCGAUCGCUGGCGAUGGGCGGUAAGGGGAAGAAGAGUGACUCGAAGAGUUCGCUACUGAAUAAGCGGACCGAUUCGCGCUCGAGUCUUCAUCAGACGGCGGGAGAUGGAGGGGACGGUACGAGUACCAGUGGACUCGAUAUUGGCAAGAGUCCUCUCAGUUCCCUCGGUGGUGGUGGUACUGAUGGUGGUGCGCUAACGGAUGGGGGCGGUGUCAAGUCGGCCCGGCCAACACCAAAGCUACAAAGCAAAGGGUCGCUCUUGAGUUUGCUGAGUUUGAAGAGCGGCAGCAAACGGAAUCUGGAUCGGGGUGGAGACGCUACUUCGGCCGGAGGAACAGAUGGUCAGAUGAUGGCGGGUGCGACUUCCACGAUGCGACUUCAAUCGGCUUCCGUUCGGGCAGCGGCAGGGGCUGCAGGGGAAGGAGGUGCCGGUGGAACCGAUUCCGGACCAGACCCGGGUGAUGUCCGGGGUUCGAAGGCGGCCGGUAUGAACGAGAAACCACCGAGCACGAAACCCCUCCGUCGGUUGUUGAGCCGUGGAUCGAUGCUUUCGAUCAAGAGCAUCGCACAUGCCCGUUCGUUCACCAACGUACGCCCACCGACGGCCGGUGGUGCUGGUGCGGGAGGUACCGGCGGUGGUGCUAGCGGUACCGGCGGAGAUGGAACCGGAACGAUGACUAAGGUGACGGAAGGUUCGCAGGAACACGACGAUACGACGGAUACGGAAACGAGCGGCCAUGGUGGAAAGGCAACUGGUAGUGAUGGUGCCGGAGGAGCUGGCGGUUCGAUGGGUGUGGCAACGCACGAGCUGACGGUGGCCGGUGAUGGUGAGGGCGAGAAGGUAUCGAACGAGUACCAGGGUGAACCGGGCGGUGGGAUGAUGCGUUCACCGAUGGCGGAACGGAACAAGCGGGGCGUUAGUCCGGGACCUCAGGACAAUGUUUCAAGUGCCAACACCGAAUCGAUGCGUGAUCGGAUGGGCGGAGCAACCGGUGGACCGAGCGGCACUGCCAGCAACAAUGACGAGUUUGAGGACGAGGAUACGAUCAAGUGCUCGAAAUGCUGCUGCGCUUGUUGUACACCAUGCUGGACACGUACCUGUCUUCCGUUUAGGCGAUGCUUCCGGUUGAGUGGUUGCUGCGGUGGCCGGCUCGGCAAGCGUAAGGCGGACGGUGAGCGGACGACGCGACCAGAACCGCAACGCAAAACGGCAGGCGAGUCGGAACGGGUUGGCUGCUGGGGACGUUUGCUUGGAUGCUGCCGGCGGUGUCGCAAUCCGAAAACAUCGCCGGAAACGGCCGUCGUAGCACGACCGGUACAGCAGGCCGCUGGUGAGAAGAAGUCCUGCUGGCAGUCACUAAACUGCUGUUCCAGCUGCCGACGUAAUAAGUCCCGCGAGUUGGUGCCACGUUCAUCGAUCGAUAGUGAUCCGGCAGACGAGGAGCAACAAUCCCGAUGUCGCUCUUGCUGGAGUAAGCUGCUGUGCUGCUGUCGACCGAAACAAGGGGGCAAGGGUGCGGCCACCACAACGGUCAAGCGACACAAGAUGGAGGAACCUGUCGAGAUGGAGACGGUGAAGUGUUGCUUCUGCUUCAAACGCCAGAGGCCAAAGGUUAAGGCGAAACCCAAGCGCAAGGUGCCAGUACGCUCAACGUUCAAUUGCUUGAGCUGCUGUAUGAUGUGCUGCCGAAAGAAGGGUGACAACCAGAGCCGUAGGACGAGCAAUCUGAGCAAAAAGCAAAGCAUAGCACCAACGAUCCCGCCGGAGGAUCUGAGACCAAAAAUCGAUAUGUCACUGGUCGAGCACUCCUCUUUGAUGCGUGGUGCGAUUCCGGUGUUACCGAUCUGCUUGGCCUACUUCUGUUUGUUUCUCAACGUGGUCGUUCCAGGCUCGGGUACGGUUCUUUCCGGUGGCCUUUGCCUGUGCAUCGGAAAGCCUCGAUUUUCGCAGCACGAUUCCAUCAAGGGUCGCAUCGGUUCGUUCAUCAUCAACUGUAUCGUCGGAGUGUCGCAGCUGUUCACGAUCAUCUUCUGUGUGGUCGGCUGGGGUUGGGCCAUCUGGUGGGGCACGAUUAUGCUCAGGCUGGCAAGACAACAUCGCAAGAUUCUCGAAAUGGAGGCAGCACAGGAUGAAGGAGAAGAGCAGACGACGCUAUCCAACCGAACCGGCGGUUCCAAUCCACCGGUGGCGCUAGUGUCAAAGACGCAUCGCGACGUAGAAACGGGUCGAUAGGGUUGGCACCGCGUCGAGGCUUACUUCGAUGUGAUUUUGAAAUUUAGUAAACCAAUCAUUGACAUUGGGCUGGCCUUGACCUUGGAGAGACAAGGGUUUCUCGGUCUGCAUUUUACUGUUAGUUUUCGAAUCGAAACCAAAGAGAAGAGGAAUAGCAACCAUUGGC